GCAAUGAAAAUCUGUGUGUAUAUACAUGUGCAAUGCUCAUGUGUUGUACAAUAUCUAUGGUCUGAGUCAGUGUAGGGCAGGAAGUAUCGGGUGCUCUGGCGUUGUGGAGUGUGAUGGCUGAUGGCACGACGGAGCCCCUGAAGUGACAUGUAGCUGCGUGAGUUUGUGAACUUGCUUCUAAGCUGAGUCCAUGAUAACUGUCAGCUUCCCGCUCAUCCUCAUCUCUGAGAAUUUUAAAUAAUGUCAGUGAAACUGUUCAUUUCAGUUGAGUAGGAGAAUUAAUAAUUUUACAUUAUUUUGGGAGACACACUUAAACAAAACCAUAAUUUUUAACAGGUUACAUUUGGUUAAAACGAAACAUCAAACAGGAGUCACUUGAAAUCACCUAUUAUUUCUCACUUUUUUUAAAUUUGUGGUACUUUCCAUUUUACAAAAUGAAUAACCCCUAAAUAACCCUGUGACAAGAGGAGUGAAAAAUCCCUAAAAGAAUUAGUUUUAAAUUUUGGACAAUGCACUUAUUCACUUUCUUAAAACUGUUGUGUAAUGUUUCUUGAUUGGGAUUCCAGCCGAGAUGAAUCGUUUCUGCACUAAAGUGGCAAUAGACCAAUAUGGUACAUUUCACCACUGCUCAUUUCACCACACGACAACGGUUUGUUUAAAACUCAAGUAUAUUCAUGCUCCACCUACAUGGGUGUUUUCACUUAUUAGCCCAAACCUGUCGAAAUGAAACACAGUAGCUUUACACUUCUUCGGGGAUGUGGUGUAACGAAUGUUCCCUUUUGUUGUUUAUGUCAGCUGUGUACCCCCCCCUCUCCGCCCCCCCGGCCAACAUGUUCAACAGUGUGCCUGGUUAUGAGGAUACUGUGGCAGGAGGAGGUGGUUAUCUGCCCCCUCCCAUGCCUGUGCAGCCUUCAGCUCCUCCACAACCUGGCCCUGUAGCUGACUGGAGCAUCCCAUCACUGCCGGAGGAUUUGGCUCGUGGGGCGUUCAAGGACUUUGCUUCAUCUCAUUGCUGCUACAGUGCAGGUCCGGCCAACGAUGGAGACAUCACCACCAUGGAGCCGUUCAACACCUUUAGGUACCGACUGGAGACAUUCACUGAGUCCAGGUCAACUGAAUGGGCCCACAAACCUUAUGAAGGUGAGCCGGCUGACUUCUACACCCAGACUGCACCCCGGCCUUGGGAGGUCCCAGCCACGGCCCCCAGCCUCUUCACCGAUCACAAGCAGGAGAUUCGGGUGCCCUUCACCUCAUCCAUCAAGGACUGCCAAGACUGCCACAGCACAGGGACGACUCCAUGUGAAGAGUGCCAUGGAAAUGGAUACAAACAGUGCAGCUGGUGUAGCGGCUCUGGGACAAGAAAUGAUGAAAACUGCCAUCACUGUAACGGUACCGGCAGAGACAGGUGCUCAGACUGUGAUUCUCAAGGGAUGAAGAAGUGCAUAACCUGUAAAGGAAAACGUCAGCUGCUGACGUUCAUCCAGCUCAAAGUGGAGUGGACUAACCAUGUGGAGGACCACGUGGUGGAGCAGAACUCUGGUCUGAAGGUUGACGAUCUUCGCUCCGUCAGCGGAAAGGAGCUGUUCAAGAACAACCAGUUCCUGCUCUACCCAGUGCUCGGAUUCCCAAACCCGGCCAUCGCUGAGGCCUCCGAGCGUAUGAUCAGAGACCACCAAAGCAAGUACUCCCAGACCUCCAGGAUCCUGCAGCAGAGGCAGCUGGUUGAGUUGAUCCCCAUCACUAAGGUGAACUACAAGUGGAAAGGCGACAGUCACGUCUACUUUGUCUAUGGCAACGAGAACCAAGUCAGCGCUGACAACUACCCAGCAACCUGCUGCUGUGUCAUCCUGUAGACACACACACACACACACACACACACACACACACACACACACACACACACACACACACACAAACACACAUACACACAUACACACUCACUCAUUGCUGUCUAUUUUUCAUAUUAGCCUCUUUGUCCAGGACAAAUUUUAACCAAUCAGUGCACAGAUCUUCUAAGAUCUAAAUUCUAAUUCUAAAAAGUCUAGGUCUAACAUGUUAAUCCAGGGGUGUCAGAUUUUUCUGUCGGGUCCAAGUAUUGCAGAUUAAGAUACAUACACAUGCACAUUGACACACACACACACAUUGUUUACUGUGGCCACCUGUAAAGUAAAAGGCAAAGCUGAAACUAAAGUAGAAAAGGGGGAGUAACAUGUGACUUUCUCCUUGUUGGCAUCAAAGGUAAAACCACAGCAGCCUUUUCUGACAUUUUGUCCACAUUUCAAUUAGAAUUAUUUGUAUUAAUUAGUUGUAUUAUAAAGACGCAUAGUCUGAAUUGUAGACUGUCCCCGCUAACAUCAGUGCUCCUCACUAAAAAACAAAAAGAUCCUGCAGCAACUGGAUCUAUCUUUUUGUUUUUGUACUUCCUGAACUUUCUGCCUAGUUCUGACUCUCAGCCUCUACCUCGUGUUGGGACGUUUGCAGUACAUUGUGUCUUGUCUUUAAUCUUUGACAGACCUGAAUAGUUGAUAUCGAAAAUUAAGAUUUUUAUCAAUAAUAUAGAUCUUCUGGUUAAAUCUGCCUCCUCAGAGUCCAUUAUCGUCUCUGCGUGGACACCUGUGUUGAUCAUCAUGUCUCUGAUGCCAUGAUCACUUACCAAAGAUAUUUUUCUUGUUAAAAAGCACUUCUGCUGAACAGUCAACCUCAAACACGUGCCAGUAUGUGCCAUUUAAUAUCCGCAGUAUUGAGUGGAAAUCUAGUUUAUGUCCAAAAUGCUGUUGUUUCAAGAACAAGUAGAAGGUGUAAGGAAAAGAACAAAUAGAUGAAAUGUGAGAAAUGACAGGUGAAAUCUAAGUAAAACAUAAGAAAUAAUAAGGAAAAAAAUGGAUGUAUGAAGUUUUAAUCUGACCGGGAUAGAUAUAUAUUAGGAGCUAUAUAAAUCUUUUUAUUAUUACAUGAGUAGGCGAACUCCACAGUGACUCAUGUCAUAAAAUAACAAUAUAAACUGUUCAUCUGGUUUCUACUUGUGUCUUUAUUCUGUGGUUCAAAGGUAGAAACCACUUUGGUUUGUUUAAACUGUGGAGAACCAGAAACAAAGACUGAUACUUUUUGACUUGUAAAGCCUGCCAGUGUCGAAGCAAAAUUCAUUUGCAUGUUUGUGAAAAUAUUUUAAUCCUCAAAGCUUGGCGACAUAUUAACUGCUCACGGGGUUGUUGGUGAAUUUCUGUAAGCGGUGAGCUAACUGUUAACUAGCUCAGUUUGUGCCAUUCAUGUAUUAGCACAUUACAGAGGUAACCAUUUGUUUCUCUGAGAGAUAAUUAACUGAGGAUUUCUGACACACUGACCGCUGUUCUGACAGUAUUUUCAGAAACACAGAAAACUCUUCUGAACACCUGGAUGGAAAAAAUGUUAUCUCUGCUGCAUAAAAAAAGAUUUCAUUUAAAAGGACUGUUUAACUAUUUCCCAAGUUGUGAAUUAGCAGAAGAUAGCAGGCUGCUAUCUUUGUUUUGAUUCAGACGCAGGUGCACAAACCUGAGGAAAGUCUUUUUGUCGUGCAGCUUACUGAAUAUUUUCUGGAAAUACCUUCAGAACAACACUAACAGUAAUUGCUAUUGCUCAGUAGCAAAGAUUGGUGUGUCAUCUUUCCAUGUUUCCAUGUUUACAGUUUAGUAAAAGCCUUACUUAGCCUACGCUAAAUGACAUUAUCACCAUUAUAUCCGUAGUCUGCAGCAUAGAAAUACGUCUAUAUAAAUAAUAUUCCUGAUGUUUAUCACAGCUGUUUAAUAUCCAUGUUAGUUCUGGUUUACGCUCUGAAGAUUACUCUUGGAAGUUUUUUUUAAUACCAGUGUAACACAUUUCAGCAGUCGGCUAAAUUUUCUGAUGAUAACGCAUGCUUGAAUUCUCUGAACACAGUAUUAGCUUGACUUUGGCGUCAUCAUUAAACUUAAAUGGUGCUGAGUGGAAUGUCUAAAUGUCUAGCUGUUUAAAUGCCUUAAAACCAUUCUGUGUCAAACAAAUAUCUCUGCUACCUACUAACAUGAUGAACCUGAUGUUAUUACUCCGUUUGUAUUAAAAAAUAUUCUAUCGUUGUAGUAGAGUAUCAGUUAUAUGUAAUUGUUGAAUAUAAACUGCCUCUCACUUGCUUCUGGCAGUUGUGCUCUAAGGUUGGUGAAUGCUGUAAAAUGUUAUCUGACAAAUAAUGGAUAAAGGAAUAAAGUAAUCUGAAUUGCUGACUAAAUAAGAUAAGAGAGAGUUCACCUCAAAAUUAACUUUAUCAGGAAGCUGGGAAAAAAAAUGAAAGAGUUUCCCGACAAUAAACUGACAAUGAACGUGGAAGUACAGAGAGUCACUGAGCUCGAAGCAGCUCAGUCACUUAAUACCAAACAUCAAGUAACUGUGAGAGGUUUGGGAUCUAAAAUUUUAUGAUCUCAUCCAAAAACUCAUGUUUUUACUUACUUUAUCUCAGGUUGACACCCAGGACUCUUUACGUCACCAUGUUGGUAAAUGCAGUUUCACAACAGAAGGUAUUCAUCUUAAGUUGAGUAAGAGCUGACGUAAAAAACCAGCUCCCACAGUUACUGUUGCAGUACGGGUUGUGUGUAGCAGGAGUUUCUUUUAAUGUGCUUUGUUGCCACAAAUUAAAAUAUAUUCAUGACUAGUGAAAACAAGUAGAAAGUUUCCUCCAACGCCUUUUGUCUCAGAAACGGAUCAGAAACUGAAUCAUCUUUUACAAGAGCAGUGUUCAACAUAAGGAGAAGCUCAAAGUAUGUGACACAAAUCAGCUAUACGGAAGUGGAGUUUCUGUUCUGCUUUAAUGGAUGUAUUUCAUGUUUCAGGCUUAAUUUUACCCAACAAGAUUAUUUUUAAGUGCUUUUCAUCUUUAGAAAGUCAUUUUCCAAAAACAGGUGUUUGAAACCAUGAUUAGGGCGAAUAUACCUCAACAGUCCUUCAUAUUUAAUUUUGAUCAUCAUACUCAAUUAGACAAACUUAAAAGUCAAAUUUCUUUGUACCAUUAAUAAUUUGUACAGAAAUUGGGAGAUGGAGGACUGUUUAGGGACAGUUAGACUGGAAGAACUACUAUUUUUGUACUUAUUUGUGUAUUUCCCCCCUAAUUUUUGUAUCUUAGAGGUUUAAUUUUUCAGUACUUUUAACAUAUUUAUUUUUUUGCGGCAGGUUACUGUAUUUUAUUUGUUUAGUUUUGUUUUGUGCAGAUGAUGCAUGAUGAUGUAGUUGGUGUGGGUUUGGGUUGUUUGCUUGUGUUUCACUUGUUAUUACAGACUGACUGUUCUGUUGUCUAUUAGUAUCUGUAUUCUCUGUGAGGAUUAUGCAAAAGUUUGAAAUCUAAUUUUAGCAGCAGUUACCACAAGGGGCCAGCAGAUCCAGCUGAACUGAAACAUUCAGGAUUCAAACUGUAAAGCUGCAUUCAACAGUAUUUCAUAUCAACAAGGGAUCACAUGACUCUGUGUAAUGUGAAACUACUUUGGUGUGUUUUAGUGAACAUACAUAACGUAUAUGGAAACUAUGGAGAAGAUAGUUGAGUCGGUUCUCUCUCUGUCUUUGUUAUCUCUCCUGUGCCUGUCACUCAUACACCUCCACUAAUUCCACCAAUCAGCCUGCAGUCUCACUUCCUGCUGCUGUUACUAUCAGAUUAACAUGCGCAGCAACAAAGCAACUACGCACAUAGAUUGUUGGAGAUCUACAUUCCUGU